GCUUUCCCGCCCACUCUUCCUUCCAAGAAGAAUAUAAGCAUAUUCAUUUCUCGAUCAUCAUAAAAAUGAGCAAAAUUCAUGUCAGCUACAAUCAGAUUCACUCCAUGAUCAAGGAGACAGUGGAGAACAUGAAUCUGAAUGAUGAUUUUCAGCCGGAUAUCAUGGUGGCCAUCGGUGGAGGUGGUUUCAUUCCAGCCCGUAUCUUGAGAACCUUCUUGAAGAAGAAGAAUAACAAGAAUAUCUCUAUCCAGGCAAUUGGCCUUUCCCUCUAUGAGGACCUAGAGAUCUGGAAGGCUGCCCAUAAAGAUGAUGAAACCUCUAUCACUAGCGAACCCGAGGUCAUCAAGACUCAAUGGCUCAACUUUGACUCAUCAGAAACGUCACUUAUAGGUCGUAACAUCCUCAUUGUGGACGAAGUUGAUGAUACUCGCCGUACUCUUGCAUAUGCAGUCCGUGAGUUGACUAAGGAUUUAGAGCUUGAGUCUGAAAAGCUUCGCAAACAGGGCAAGGAGGUCCCAGAGACGAAGAUUGGUAUUUUCGUAUUGCACAAUAAGUUGAAGAAGAAGAGGGAGGAGCUUCCCAAGGAGAUUAUGGAGGGUAGAUAUUUCGCCUGUAAAGAGAUGCCUGAUCAAUGGCUAGUUUAUCCUUGGGAUGCCUUGGAUAUUGAAGAGCAUACCGAGAAGUCGCGCGAGAACACUUAUUAGAUACAUCACUAUACAAAGCAUAAUUAAGUAGGAG